AUUGAAAAUGGCCACUGAUGGUGCACGCUUUUGAUCAAACGUCAAACGAACACCCCCCGGGUGGCGAAACAUUUUCAUUGAUGUUGAUAAGAUAAAAGAAUAAUUUAAUAUUUUAUAAAAUUGCUUGCAUUUCGUUAAAAUGGCUGAAAGUGGACAGGUGCUUGAAGGUUUUUUGUGCUCUAUAUGCCUAACCGAUUUAAAAACACCGCAUCAACUGACUAAACACUUUGAAGAAUUUCACAAUGAUAACCCAGAGAUAUUGAAGACCCUCAAAGAACUUUAUGGCAAAGCGAAGAAGAAAAUGUUGAAACAUGAUGACAUUUCAGAAGGAUUCACCCCUCCUGUGAUACAAAAAAAUCAGGAGUCUAGUCUAGAUUUGUAUUACAGAGUUUGGGAGCCACAGGAAUUAGGUGAAACGAGAUCUUACACAAGGUACUUCACAGAAAUCCGAAAUGUAAGACUAGAAAGAUAUUCCACUGAAACCAAUAAGCUUCUGAUACGAUUAGACAAGCUGUUGAAUGAGUUGCCUUCGGAUCCCAUCAGCAGACGAGGUUGUCAACGAUAUGCAGUAGCUGAUACUCAUGAGCAAGCCAUCGUUCCAUGGAUAGAUGAUAAAUCCGUCAAGUUGUGUCCAAAUUGUGCUAAAAGUUUCCACGUCGCUCGUAGAAAACAUCAUUGCAGGCUUUGUGGAGCAGUGAUGUGCCAUGAUUGUACAAUGUUCCUGAGUUUAGCAGACGCAAGAAAAAUGAUUAAUCCCACAUUGGUACAAGAUGAUUCUGCAAUAUCUCCAACAUCCAGUGGCUCCCCGAUAGCUGGUCGCUUUAUACGCGCUGGGAUAGGAUUAUCAAAAUUGGCAAGAUCACCAUCCAGUGGAAGUUUGAACAGCGUACUCUCACUGGUUAAUGACUCUUCUAAUGGUGAACAACACUUUAGACUUUGUGUACACUGCGAGGAACUGUUGAGUUCUAGGGAACGAUUGAAAGAAACAAAACUAUCGAAACCAAUCAUAUGCCAGUUUUAUGAAAAAAUGCGUUCUUACAUAGAUGAGGCUAACGAACAUUCAAUGAUGUACAACAAAAUGUGCAAUUCAUUACGAAAAGGAGAAACAACAUACAACCUUGAGGAUGCACAAGUCUUAAAAGGGAGAAUUGAAAAGCUAGCUGCAAACAUAGAUCUGAUCAGUAAGAAAAUAUUAAUAUUGGGGAUCAAAGAUGUUGAUAAUCCUCCUCAGGGCCAGGUAUUAAGGUUGCAACAGAUGGUCAGAUCAUCAGCUACAAUAUUUUUAAAAGAGCAUUUACCAGACGCGGAGCAGUUGCCCACUGAAGAAGAAUACAUAGCGCUCAAAGAAAAGAGAAGACAAGCAAUUGAAGCUAGGAUUGAAUAUGAAAGGCAAAUGGAAUUGGAAGAACUUCAGAAAGAGAAACGUAGGGAGCUGCAGAAGAGAGAAGGUGCAAGUACGGAUAGUAUUCCUGGUUCGAGAAGUGAACAGCUGGUCCUUGACCAAUCCCAAGGAUGGGGUACAUCCAGUGCCGCGCCAAUGCUGACAGCAUCUAUGGAUCCGAUUAUAGAACAAAUGAAUAAUCUUCGUGCAUAUAUUAAACAAGCGCGGGACGCCCACAAAUACGAUGAAGUUGCUACUCUGGAAACUAACCUGCGAGAACUCCAGAGUGCUUACUUUGCUAUGAAACAAAGUAGUAACAGCGACAGUUAAGUUAUUUAUAUCAGAUUAAUUAAAUGAACGAAUAUUGAAUACCUGAACAUGAAUAUUUUGUAGCCGAGGAAUGAUAAUACUCAAUAUUUUAGCUAAGUAUUUGAACAGAGCUAAUUGUCAUUCUUUAUACGAUAGCCAGUUCCAUUUCCUCAACUGUCCCAAAUCGGAGAUGUCUAGGUAUUUAUCGUUAAUAUCACAAAUCAGUCUGUCACUAUUUCACAAUUAUUACAGAUAUCAUGUAUAGACUCUACAUGAAAUUAUUCAUUGUCAGUGAAAACGAUGUAGUUUUUAAGAGAUGUGCUUUGUCGAUCAGGUCAUAGUCUACUGAUCUCACUGCAUAGAAUGAGAAAGAUAUUUGAUGUUUAUAAGAUUAUAAAAUAUGUAUUAUUUAUUUUCAAGAGUUUAUAUAUAAAUAUUUGUAUAAUUUAAUAACUAAGAUAACAAUGUUAUAAACUUUC